AUGAGCGAUGUUGGUGAAGCUGAAGGCAGGAGAGAUGAACAGAAUGAUUCGAAUUUGCGAUCUGGUGCUGGAUUCAACGAGUCUGCUCUUGAUUCGCUUGCUGAUAUUGCGAUUAGGUACAUCUGUGAGUUAGGUAAAACCUCCAGAUUUUACGCGAAUUUAGCUGGUAGGACGGGUUGCAACGUCUUUGAUAUUGUCCAAGCGUUGGAAGACUUGGGCACGCCACAAGGGUUUACUGGUGCUUCAGAGGUUCACGCUGACUGUGCAGUGAGUUCAGGUGCUAUUAGAGAGAUCAAAGUGUAUGUGGAGGCGGCUGACGAGGUGGCCAAGUGGAUGUUGAGCAAAGGUCAAGGAGCAACAAUGGCGACCUAUGACCACCUCCUACUGGCAUUUGACAUGGAUAUAAGGCCAGACGAAGCAAAAAUGCUAUGGAACAUGAUUUUACAUGCACACGAUCAAACUAUCUCCAAGAGGCUGUUUUCCAGGAUGAUAUCCUUGUACGACCGUCAUAAUAUGCCAAAUAAUGUUAUAGAGGUAUUUGCUGACAUGGAGGAGUUGGGAGUGAAACCAGAUGAAGAUACCGUUAGAAGAAUCGCAAGGGCCUUUGAGGCGUUAGGUCAAGAGGAUAAACAGAAACAAUUCUUGACGAAAUAUCAAAGAAAUUGGAAAUACAUUCACUUUAAGGGGGGAAAGAGCUCGAGUAAGAACUUGAUUCCUAGGAUAAUCCAACUUGACAAAGGAUGGAUCCAUGGUGUAAAACUGCCACAUGUUAAAGAAAGUCGGUGGAAAAAAGUCACAUAA